AUGAGCGACAAGAUCCCCUACAGCGUCGAGAAUGGCGACCCGUAUAAACAUGUCGGGAACAUCAUCCACCAGGAGGAGGCCAAGGGCUUGGACGACUCCAAUCUGCCCGAUUACCAGGACAAAGAGGUGAAGAGGAUCUUGCGCAAGGUCGACUGGCGACUUCCACCCGUACUGGCCGUCUUAUACCUGAUGUCGUUCCUGGAUCGAUCGAACAUUGGAAAUGCGAAAAUCGCCGGCAUGACCAAGACCCUCAAGAUGACCGGGCCCGACUUCAAUCUGGCGUUGACCGUCUUUUUCUUCACAUAUGCCAGUUUCAUGAUUCCUUCCAACAUCAUGCUGAAAAAAGUCCGACCGGCGACGUGGAUGGCGUUUUUGAUGACGUCCUGGGGAAUUGCCAUGAUGUGCCAUGGCUGGGUGCAAACCAAGGAACAACUCUACGCCUGUCGGCUCUUACUGGGUCUCUUCGAAAGUGGUUUCUUCCCCGCGGCAAGUUACCUCCUGACGCUGUGGUACUGCAGAUUCGAGUACCAAUUCCGUGUUGCACUGUUUUGGUGCUCGGCGACUCUUGCGGGAGCCUUCUCUGGAUUACUGGCAUAUGGCAUUGAGCAGAUGGACGGCGUUGGGAACUAUGAAGGGUGGCGAUGGAUCUUCAUCCUCGAAGGCAUCAUGACCGCCCUCAUCGGUAUCUCCACUUAUUGGCUUCUUCCCAACUCGCCAGAAUCCAGCAAAUUCCUGAACGACUAUGAAAAAGACGUCAUUCAUCGCCGUCUGCAGCAGGAUGCCGGUACAAAAGAAGGCAAAGUCAUCAACGCGGGCGAAGAUUUCGAAUGGACAUAUUUCAUCAACACCAUCUUGGAUUGGAAACUUUGGCUCGCGGGACUCAUCGUGUGUGGCCAGUCCAUUCCUUUCUACGCCUUCAGCUUCUUCUCUCCCACCAUCAUCAAAGAACUCGGCUACAAAACCUGGGAAGCACAACUCCUGACCGUACCCGUCUAUCUGUUGGCAUGUGCCGCCACAUUGGGAGUAUCCAUCUACGCCGACGGUUGUCAAACUCGAUGGAAAUUCGUCGUUUUCCCCUACUCUCUCGCAGCCAUCGCCUUUGUCGCUCUCCUUGCCAUUCCUCACCCUCGAUACCCCGGUCUCACCUACGGUUUUCUCUAUCUCAUCCCCACAGGCUUAUCCUGCGGCGUCAACGCCGUCGUAGCCUGGGUAGCCAACAAUCUCGCCCCCUCAUGGCGGCGCGCCAUCGGAAUGGCAUUAAUGACAACCAUUGCAAAUUUCGGCGGUGCCAUUGGCGCAAACAUUUAUUUAGCCAAACAAGCCCCUCGAUAUGAAUUGGGAUUCGGCUUCAGUUUGGCAGUUCUCUUGACGGGAAUUUUGUCGGCGCUGAUUUUGAAAACUGUUCUGCAGAGGACGAAUGCCCAGAGAGAUCGAAUGUCUGUGGAGGAGAUUAAGGAGCAGUAUACUGAACAGCAGUUGUUGGAAAUGGGGGAUCGGAGUCCGUUGUAUCGGUAUGUGAUUUGA